AUGUGCGAGCAGAACAAAUCACUUGAAGGUCUACCGUUCCUUCCAGGGAAUACCUUUCGUGAUCCAACCCAAACCAAUUUCCAUCUGAGCCAUACACUUUCUUAUAAAAAUGGAUUUCGAGUUCCAAAGCCAUAUCCUGAAGUUGGCAUAGGAGGGAAACCGCUCAAAGUCAAUCAGCUGACAGAAUCGGAGUUAGAUGAUCUAGCCAACUUUCAGCCGACUCUCACGUAUGGAAAUACGAGACAGGCACCACCAACCGAAUUCUUACCAGCCCAUGUAGCACUUGACAAAAAGGUGCUGCGGUUUUAUGGGUACUUCAAAGAGACGGUGAAUGAAUCUCCUCUAGAACACUACCGAGUCAGAUAUGUACAAAUAUUCUAUUUUCUGGAGGACGACAGUAUUCAGAUCAUGGAACCACAUCAAAACAACAGUGGAAUUCCUCAAGGUAAGCUUGUGCGACGCCAUCGUAUUCCAAAGAAUGAUAUGGGGGAUCCGUACAAUUGGAGAGAUCUCAACCUGGGUGUUAACCUGGCAAUCUAUGGGCGCGUGUACCGGAUAACGAAUUGUGACAAGUUCACACAUGAUUUCCUAGAAAGCGAAGGAGUGGAAGUAAAUCCGCCCGAACCGGAACCUGUCGACCCAUAUCUGGAUAAUCGAGCUAGGCGUGAGGCUUUGGGAGUCAGCAAAACGCCAUCCUCAUUUGACAAACGCAGACAACACUUAGAGCUAGACCGUAAAGUGCUUCGAUUUUACGCAAUCUGGGACGAUCGAGAGGAGCAAUUUGGUGACUGUCGCAAGUUUACUAUACAAUAUUAUUUGGCCGACGACACGUUAGAAGUAGUGGAGGUCCAUGAGGUCAAUGAUGGACGUGAUCCGUUCCCCCUGUUGCUUCGGAGAUCACGCGUUCCAAAAGACCGUGAUGACGUUCCACCGACGUUCCCCAGUGUGUCGAUGGAACUGACAGAAAACGAGAUCAAAGAAUAUUUCUCGCCCAAAGACUUUCGUAUCGGUCACACAGUAAACAUUUUGGGGAGAAAAUUCUUCAUCUAUGAUUGUGACAGUUUCACCAAAGCAUGGUACUAUCAGAAUUUCGGACUGACCGAUUUCACCCCCGUGGACGUGGAAAUCAAAAGGCCGCCACCACCCAGAAAGGAAAUACCGCCUUACAAUGGAUUUGGCAGUCUGGAAGAUAGCCUUUCCUCGACAAAGUCGUUUGUUCCCCGUCCUCCAAAAACCGACUUUGCCAAAAACGUUGAUUAUGCCAACAAAAUACUUCGCUAUGAGGCUCGACUGGACAGCAGUCGUCCAGAAGAUGCCUGUCGACGUUUCAUAUUCAAGUACCGUCUUUGUGACGACAUGAUCUCAAUCUAUGAGACCCCAUUGCGGAACUCUGGAUUCCCUGGUGGAACUUUCCUCAGAGGAGCGAGAGUUGCCAAGCCAGGUAGCAGUGUGGACAUGCCUGUCUAUUAUGGUCCAGCGGACUUUUCACUUGGUUCGAAAAUCGAGGUGUUUGGAAGUCGAUUCAUCAUUACCGAUGCGGAUUCGUUUGUGAUUAAAUUCUUGGAGGCUAACAGAGACCAAUUCUCCGACGAACUCAUUCAAUGCUGGCGUGCCCGUAUGACAGAGAAGGAAGAACAGGAGCGGGCUAUUCAAGUGGCCAAACAGAGGCAACGGAAAGGUGGACCGGUGGAAAUCAGGCGACAUGAUGGGGACGUACUGGGACUGGCGAAUGAAAUCAAGACGCAACUGAAGAAGUUGGCUAUCACGGACAGAAGCAGAAUAGACGAGAUGUUCCUCUACUACAACAAAGAUCGUCUAGGCUUUAUUGACAUUGAAAAUUUAAAGGACAUUUGCAAAAAACUCCAGCUGCCUCCGGACGAAGAUGUAUUGGAUGCGCUCUUGGACGAAUACGGUACGGAUGGACGAAUGACCUUGGAACAGUUUAGGAAAUUCUUCGAACUUUAAUCGCUCCACUCCGCUUGCGAUACCCAGAACACACAGAGCGAACCCGACGGCCAACAGACAGAUUUUUUCUUUUUAGCUUUUCAGAGUAACUGACCAUCAAUGAUCUGAACAUUGCUCAUCUGCGAGUAAACUUGAUCUGAUGAGUACAGCGGACGUUUAGAAAUUGCGCAUCCUCUUAUUCAGAUUCCAUCUGAAUAGUGUGAAACAGCAAACAAGACAAAUAAAGAG